AUGGCAGCGGAAACUGAGGUUGCUGGGAAUCGCCCCACCGACGCCUCCCCAAAGCGGGGUGAAGAGAUGACGCGUCGGGAACACUGGAUGGCUGCAACCGGUUGCGCCUUAUCUGGAUUGAUGACUUUAAUUCCAUUUCAGUUUGUUGCUGUCAUGUUGCCCGUCCUCUCACACCACUUUCUGGAUGGGAAGCAGCUGGGCAACUCCAUGCUGGGCAUGUACCAGCUUUUCUGCGUUAUAGCUCUCCUUAUAAUUCUCAAAGUAGGAGCUCUUCAUGGCUGGCUCAUUCAGGGAGGGCUUGUGUUAUCUCUAGUGUGCAUGGGAGCGUUCUCUCCGGCGUUCUUCUACGGUCCCGUUGCCUGCCGCAUAGCUUUAAUUCACAUUAUUCUCGGUCUUUUAGGUACAUGCAACGCGGCUUUGCAAGCCGCUGGGUUUGCAAGGGCGGCAAUUCUUCCAAGAAACUAUGUGGGCACGACUUCGAUAGGGCAGGCAACUGCUGGCCUGGUAGCCUUCGUCGUUACUGCCAUUCUUAUGAACGGCGUGUUCGACAUGGACAACGUUAACGACGUCAAGUGGUUCAGCUGUAUUUGCUGCGGUAUUUCCGUGGUUAUGUGCAUCCUAUCAAUCGUCUACAUGCACGUUUUCCUUAAUGCAAAGGUCUGUGUUCAGUCUGUAAACAAUGCAUUGAAUGGCGGAUCCGAUGGAAAGGCAACGCAAGAUGAUACACCUACAAUUGCAGCCGACCUUGAGGAGCCAAAGAGACGCCAAAAUAGUGCAUCUAGCGGUACUCUGGACGAAUCGCUUUUGCCGCCGAGGCCCUGGCUGACGAUGAUGCGGGGUUCUUUCUGGGAGCUGUUAAGCCUGUUUCUUGUUUUCUUCAUCACUUUUUCUCUUUUCCCGAAGGUCGGUCCCGUAUCUUUCAAUUUUGAAGGAAAAGGUCCAUCGAAGAUGGUUCUACUUUUUGGAAUGCAAUUUGUUGGAGAUUUCCUUGGCCGUUCGUGCCUCAAACUAACGAGUUUGCACCGGAUAUUCAGUUUCUUGUUCCUUUCGCGCAACGCCACGAUUGCCGCGUCGUUUAUUCGCCUUGUGUUUUACAUCCCCUUCUGUAUGGCAAUGAAGAUGGAAAACACUCCAUUUAUUAACAAUUUUGCGUGGCUAAUGAUUCUUCAGCUUUUGCUUGCUUUCACCCUUGGGUGGGUCGGCACUCUGACUCUCAUAUAUUGUUCCAUGUCCGUUACCCGCAUGUCUGAGAAAGCCCGCAUGGGGUCGCUCUCAACUAUAGUGCUUGCCGUCGCUAUUGGGGUUGGUCUGUAUAUAGCCUUGGCUUUCUAG